CUUUCACAUUUGCUAGUUGGCCGGUGAGAUACCUUACGUACGCACAUAUUCCCGUCCAUCCAUGCAGAGACCUAAAUGUCCCUUCUGCGCGAAGCUGAGAGAUGUAUCGCUAACCAGAAGGCUUAUGCUGGCCUCAAUGCCUUCGUAACUCCCUUGCAACACUCAGCGCAGUGUCUCAGUAAGGUGAGGGAUGCCGAGUUGAGGAAGGAGCAAGGAAAACCAAGGUCUAAAGUUGAUGGGCGCCUGAUUUCUGUUAAAGAUAAUAUUUGCACCCAUAGUCUUCCAACAACAUGUGCGUCCGGAAUCUUGGACGGGUUUACUAGUCCUUUCAGCGCUACUGUGAUCGAGCAAUUGGAAGAUGCUGGAGCCGUUGUGGCAGGGAAAACCAAUCUUGAUGAGUUUGGUAUGGGAUCGCAUUCUAUCAAUUCGCGGUUUGGUGCUGUCAGGAAUCCCCGUCAAGAUCGGGGCGAAUAUCUUUCUGCAGGCGGCAGUUCUGGUGGGAGUGCCGUCGCAGUUGCCGCAGGCCAAUGUUAUGCAGCAUUAGGUACAGACACUGGAGGCUCUGUGCGUCUUCCCGCUGCAUAUACAGGAACAGUCGGUUUCAAGCCAUCCUAUGGACUCAUCUCACGAUGGGGAGUAGUUGCGUAUGCCAAUUCCUUGGACACUGUUGGAAUUCUGGGCAAAAAUAUUUCUGGCGUUCGAGAUAUUUUUAGUAUUUUGAAUAAGCCUGAUCCGCGAGAUCCAACGUCUCUUUCAUAUUUAUCGCGCUCUCGGAUCCUUUCUAACCUCCAAAGACCACCUCUCGCAUCUCGAGGAGCCUCGUCGCCUCUCCGAAUCGGCAUCCCUAUUGAAUACAACAUCACCGAACUCGCGCCAUCUGUUAGGCAUGCCUGGCUCCUUUCUCUAGAGCAUCUUAGAAAGCAAGGCCACACCAUCCACCCAGUUUCUUUACCAGUAACAAGGUUGGCCCUAUCGGCAUACUAUGUUCUCGCUCCUGCCGAGGCAUCUUCAAAUUUGGCAAAAUAUGAUGGUGUCCGUUAUGGGAAUCGCUAUGAAGAUUAUGAUAGCGAGAACCAGCCGGACGGGUACGUGUAUGCCAGGACCAGAGGUGAAUUGUUUGGCCCAGAGGUGAAGAGGCGAAUUCUACUGGGCACUUUCAGUCUGAGUGCCGACGCAAUCGAUAACUACUUCAUCCAAGCCCAGCGUGUACGACGCUUAGUGCAACAUGAUUUCAAUGCGAUUUUCAAGGCAGAACACCCGUUGGUUGCUCGUUCUGAACACAAAGCUAGAAAGAAUCCCGAGCAGGCUGACGUCGAUGUUAUUGUCUGUCCUACUUCUCCGUCUCCCCCACCGCAGUUGUCAAGCCUGAUGGGUCCUGGCAGUAUGUCAUCCCCCUUGAAUGCAUAUGUGAACGACGUUUUCACUGUUCCCGCCAGUUUGGCUGGUCUUCCAGCAGUCUCUGUUCCGGUAUAUGUCACCGAUGACACUCAAAAACCGAAAAAACCGGACUUGGUCGGUAUCCAGGUUGUCGGUCAAUACGGGGAUGACGCACUUGUGUUGAAGGCCGCCGAGCUUCUGGAGGGCAAGCUACUUGUGGGUUCGUUUCAGGAGUUCAGCCAAACAUAAUAUUUU